UUGACUUGCGUGUCGUUUGUUGGGACUGUGACAGAAGCAGAAGACUGGGGGGGAUCGCUUGGUGGACUGACGAACAAAAUGAUUUAGGACAUUGUGUGAGCAAGAGGGACACUUCUCGAAGCGUUUUCUUUAGAAGAAAACUGAAUUGUCCAGGCGUUUUUGUGUCUCGUACAAAAGAUAUGGACCCGUCCCCAACGCACAUCCCAAAUCCCAGCCUCUCUCCUCCCACCACUGUGAGAACAGACUCCCUGUCUCCAAGACCGUCUGCCAACACAUCAUCCCCAGAUAAGACGACCCCUAAACUCACCAUGCCAACACCGCCGACCGCACCGCCAUUAUCAUCAUCAUCAUCCUUCUUGAACAGCUCUCAGGCAGCACGGCGUCUUUAUUCACGCUCUUCCUCACUCCCCACGCCGACUGCUUCCCCACUCCGCUCGCCUAUCAGAAAUCCAUCUCAGCUGGGAAGAGCUCGGCUCAACGCGGCUUCUUCUGUCAAUGCUGGAGCUCCUACCUCGCCUGAAGCAGAGGACGCAGAGGAGGAGAUGAGUCUUGAGGUAGUGGUGGAGAGAGCCAAGUCAGGUGAUGCUAAAGCGCAGACCAAGAUGGGACGUUUCUUCCUGGCUCUGGCGCAAGAAAAAGAUGAGGAGCUGAACAACUGCACCGCCGUCACCUGGCUGGUCCAGGCUGCAAAACAGGGCCGCAAGGACGCCGUGAAGCUGCUGCAACAGUGCUUAGCCUCCAGGAAAGGCAUCACGCUCGAGAACUAUGAGGAGGUGAAGAAGCUGUGCAUGGAAACACGCUUCGAGAGGGGAGUCCGGAAAGCGGCUCUGCUUAUGUACUGGAAGCUGAACCCGGAGAGGAAGAAGUCGGUGGCUGUUUCGGAGAUGCUUGAGAACGUGGGACACGUCCACACAGGUAAAGACAAACUAGUCUCCCCAGGCCCUCUGAACAGCUCUACUAAGAAACAGAGGAGAGUUCUGGAGACGAUGGUGACCAGCGAAUCCACCUCCCAUGUUGGGAUGGAUGAAUUUGUGGAGAUGACAAAGAAGUACGCUCAGGGAAUAGUGCCGCCUCCUGCCAUGGUGGCGGUGUCAGCCAGUGAUGAUGAUGAUGAUAACGAUGAUGUCGUCGUCAAGAAUCCAGAUGAGCUGCCCUUACACCAAAAGCUGCUGAAGUUCCCCCUGCAUGCCCUCUUGGAAAUCAAGGAGCACCUCAUCGACUGGGCGUCACGCGCGGGCAUGCAGUGGCUCAGCGCCCUCAUCCCCACGCACCACGUCAACGCACUCAUCUUCUUCUUCAUCAUCUCCAACCUCACCAUCGAGUUCUUCAUCUUCCUCAUCCCUCUGCUGGUUUUCUACCUCUCCUUCUUCGCCAUGGUCAUCUGCACGCUGCGGGUAUUUCAGAAUUCCAAAGCUUGGGAGAACUUCCGUGCUCUGACUGACCUGCUGGCUCACUUUGAACCUGGUCUGGAUCUGGAGCAGGCGGAGACCAACUUUGGUUGGACACACUUGGAGCCCUAUCUGUACUUCUUGCUCUCCGUCGUCUUCGUGGUGUUCUCCUUCCCUGUGGCGGACAAGUCGUGGAUCCCGUGCUCUGAACUGGCCGCAGUGGCGCUCUUCUUCACAGUCACCGCCUUCCUCAGCCUCCAUGCUUCUGCCAAGCUGUUCGCUCGCAAAGCUCUGCUCACAGAGGUGCUUUCAGGGGCGUGUUCCCUCGCUUACCUGCUUCCCGACUCCGUCUGGAUGCUCAGGAUCUUCGGGAGGACGUUCAUCUCGGUUCCUCUCGGCGACAUGGUGGCGUUGAACAUCGGGGUGCCAUGCGCCCUCUACGGCCACCUGGUCUACCUCCUGUUCCGCAUGGCCCAGCUGAGAGGUUUCAAGGGGACUUACCUGUGUCUUGUGCCUUACCUGGUUUGCUUCACCUGGUGUGAGCUCUGCCUGGUGUUCCUCAAUAACGCCACCGCCAUCGGCCUCAUACGCACCUGUGCGGGCUACUUCCUCUUCCUGUUUGCCCUUCCUGUUCUCUCCCUGGGCUUGGCUGCCAUGCUCUUCAUACAGCUCCUGCAGUGGUUCCUGGCUCUGGAGAUCACCAAGAUGGUGGUGACGCUGACCGUCUGCUUCGUGCCGGUCGUUUUGAGGCUUUGGACCCGCUUCAGCCUGAACCCCAUUGUGGUGUUUCACUCGCUGUCCAGGAGCAGCAUCGUUAAACUCAUCCUGGUGUGGCUCAGCGCUGUGGUUCUCUUCUGCUGGAUGUACGUGUACAGGUCAGAAGGUAUGAAGGUGUACAACUCCACCCUCACCUGGCCCGAGUACAGCAACCUGUGCGGGCCAAUAGCGUGGAAAGAGUCCAACAUGGCGCAAACUCAGAUUAUCUGCUCCCACCUGGAAGGUCACCGUGUCACCUGGACGGGACGCUUCAAGUACGUGCGUGUGACCGACAUUGAGAACGGGGCGCAGGCUGUCAUCAACCUGAUGCCUGUACUGGUGGGCAACUGGAUGCGUUGCCUGUACGGCCAGCCGUAUCCCGCGUGCGAUGGCACGAAUACCUCAACGGGGCCUCGGCCUUUCCUGGCUCCGGCUCUGCAAGACCCCCUCUGCAAACUCAAGCGACUCGCCAAACACGAAUGCCACGUGAAGCGCUUCGAUCGCUACAAGUUUGAAGUCACCAUGGGCAUGCCGCAAGAGAGGAAGACCAAGAACGGCACCAUCGUGGAGGACGAAGACGCCACCAAGGACAUCGUCCUACGCGCCAGCAACGAGUUCAAGUCGGUGCUUUUGCACUUGAACACGGGAAGCCUGGUGGAGUUCAGCACCAUCCUGGAAGGGCGUCUGGGCUCCAAGUGGCCCGUUUUCGAGCUCAAAGCCAUUCACUGCUUGUCUUGUGGCGACGCCCGCCUGCCCAGACGACGUCAAUACAAGAUAGAGCACGACUGGAGGCGCACCGCCCAGAGCGCCCUGCAGUUUGGAUUUGACUUCUUCUUUAACCCCUUCCUGACAGCACAACUACAACAACACUCUGACACCGACAUUGCGACAGACGAGAGGUAGAGGACAUACAACUCUAACCUAAUGUGACUUUAUGCUUUCAGCUUUGGAGCCAAAGUGUAUUAAUAGUAUACAGUCGUCCCUCGCUUAUCAAGGUUAAUUGGUUCCAGACCCGGCCGCAAUAAAUGAAUUUCCAUGAAGUAGGAUUCAAUAUUAAUAUAUUGAAUAUUUUCAUAGUUAUGCCAUAGAAAACCUGUUUAUUGUUCGCGACCUUUACAUUUCUAUUACCCAAUACAGUAGCUAGAAUCAGAGACAGAGUGAAGCAGCGAUGUUCAAACCGCGAUCGAGCGAGGGACGACCGUAUUGGAAUUCCAUUUUAUCAUCACCAUUUCAACACUAAGUGUAAGACAUGCCAUCAGAACCUCCUCAGUUGUGGCCAGUUUUCUUCAUCAUUUUUAAGCUGCACUUCUCACUUUUACAGCUGAAAAUGAAAGAUGAUAACAUUACGCAGUAUUGUAAGGCUUUAAUCAAUAAUGCCUACUCAUGUUUUGUUCAAGUUGCCGACGCUAGCAGUUGUUAUCAAGUGCCUUAAGACUCAUUUCACACAUAAACACUAAAUGAUUACAUUUAUGGAAUCCAUUUCAUUUCAAAAUUCACUGUUCCGAUUAUUUAUUGUGCCUUCUGCUCCUACUUCUGUGUUUAAAAGCCUGCUGUGCAGGAAUCAAACCUACCAGUUGUUUCAUCCCCUGAGUGAUUAAGUUUGAACUGGCAUCAUCAGUGUUUUCAAUUGUGAUCCAUAAAAUAUGAUUU